AUGUUUAUUAGUGGAUUCACUUACCUACAUGGCUUGAUUGGUCGUUCAAGACAGAUGCUGUUUUUCUUUUUUAAGAGAAUGGAUAUUGUGACCUUCUUUAGUGUUGCCAUUUUUCUCUGGACCUCCUAUACUCCGAAGUUGUCUAUAUCCCUAAACCUCCCACAAGCAGGAAUCCAUAUAUUUAAUAGGUCCCUUGUUUUUGACAAUAUUUCCCAAAGCGUGGGCCAUUAUUUGAAGGGUAAUCACUUGUCCUACCUCUAUGCUCCGUGGGAUGCGGAAUCCUUAAGGCAUACGGACGACGUGGAACUAUUUAUGGGUUCAUACUUUGGCCAUCUACCCGUUACUGCUUUUAGCUGUUGGAGAGCACCCUGUGCAUCUGCAUACUCAUGCUAUAGCUUCCCCAGACUAGUUUGGUCACAUGGUUACGGUGCAAGCAGCCCGGGGUCAUUCGAAAGAUUUCCAAAAAUGUUGCAAAAAGCAAAGCGCAUCUACAGUCCUCUCAUUCAGGCCAACACUUGCAGAGAAUUGAGGGACCUUGUUUCUUCUUACGAGGCCACACCCAUUUUGAACUAUUCCUACUUGGAAACAUGGCCCGUCAAAGAACUGACCAUGAAAAUCUACGAAGAGCUGCGGGAGAUUAUUGCAAAUUUUAAUGAAUCCAACCUUCUUCUUCUUCCUCAUCUUUCGACCGCCUUUCCCACCUCAAAUAACAUAAGCGAUCACAGCCCUCUUAUUUUUCUCUUUACCGAUUCUCACCGCGAACCUGACUCCUCUUACGAUCAAGAUGUUUAUAUGUUUAAAUCACUCCAAUUGGAAUAUACUAUUUGCAGAGAGAGGGGUGAUGACUCCACGCGAUUCAAGGCGUUCGUUCCCAGUGUUUUUGAUCAGCAGCAUAAUCUCUACAGAAAACUGUUAUCUGGUCAAAGUGAACAUUGCAGGAUGACAGUUGUUUGUCCUAUUUGGUGGCGAAAGGUUCAUACGUUUUCCAGUCGCUCCUACAACGAUUCUUGGACGUCUUGUGGUCUUGAUAAAUCGACUUUGCCGCUUUCUACCAAUCAAUCAUUCAUUUCUGUGUCUCAGUUGAUAUCUUCCAGCCUUCAUAUGAGUCCUUUACGAGAUGAUUUUAUUAAUCUGGCUAGUCAUUUGCUGAACAACAAGCUCAAUCCCCAUGAAACCCCAACCCCAUCUAAAAGUAUUGACGGUAUGCUAGCCGUCAAUAGAAUCAAUCGACUGUGCUGCGAAUUUGCGGUCAGGGAGGCGACUGAUCAGAUUGGUGUUUUUGAUACAGCUAAAGUUCGUGCUCGUGCUUUGGCCCUGAUCAGGGAGCAAGUAAGACCUCGGUACAGUCCUGUUUGCUCCCGAGCCAAGCCAGUCAACUACACCCAUGUCAGAACGCCAAAUAUUGAGGCUCUGGGCUGCCGUAGAUGGGGCAAUGGUUCUCUCACUUUUGCCACUGUUUCAAUCCACAAUCCACCCCCUUGGGUGGAGGUGUUUUUCGGCAGCAAAUCGAACUUACCGAAGAUCGCAAUUGUGGAUUCUAAGGCUGAGAUAGUGUACAUUAUGAGGGAUAGUCUCUCUUACGAAAACGUAGCCACCUUCAUUUCCCAUUUCCACAACGGCACUCUUCAGCGACACCUCUUUUCCGAUGAAAGAGUAACGAGUAGGCGAUGGGUCAAUUUUCUGCACCGAGCUCACAGUGCUGCUCAGCUGGAGUCGCUAAUUGGUCUGGAGUCCAAGGACGUGGUUGUGCUCUUCUUUGGUCGCCAUUGUGGUUACACAACUCACGGGCGGGGCGCCCUUUACGAGUUUCAGUCGGCGGCCAAACACUUUGCACAUCACGAGUCUCUUCUUUUCGUAGUCGUUGAUGUCGAUACUGUGCAACUUCCGUGGCCUUUGACAGUGGAGUACGUUCCUGUCAUUAUUCUCUUUCCGAGUCAUCGAAAGUCCAAUUCCAUAGUCUUCCCAAGAGCACUCCUCUCUUCACCCGACCUCUAUUCCAACCUUGUAAACUUUUUGAACAAACGUAUUAAUAGUACUACCAAUUCCACCGCCACCGAGGACUCAUUCCAUUUGGUAGAGCACCUCAACGUCCACCUAACUCGGAUUUCCUCGGCUGAGGGGAUGCUAGGCGGUCUUCUUCAACGUCUAGUAAUUGGGCUGGAGGAGCUUAACGCCGCGAUACGCAAACACGCCUUUCAGUACAUUCUAGCCACUGAAUCAGGUCGGCUGACUCUUCACCGGCUGCUUUUUACCCGGGAUCGACUCUCCUUUCAGUGGCGUCGCUUUGUUGCUGCGCGGGAUCGAUUGGUGAAGGAGCGAAGCAUUGCAAGGACAGCGCGAGCCCACCUUCUUGUGGGUCACAUUUAG